GCAAAAGGCUAAUACCAAGCUAAAGCAAAACGGCUCGGUUAGCUGAAUUGACUAGUGUUACUGUCACAUCCACAGAAGGGACUGUUAUUCAUUCAACUGAAAUACGCAUAAGGGAUAAAUACUGUUAUACAACGCAACAAACGGGGUGAGGACAGCCUAUUUGGCAGAACACUGAUGCAUUGGCCUCUGUAUAUCUUCAUGGCAGGGCACUCUGCGCUUCAGAUGGAUAUGAUGGAUGUUUUCUCUGCUGUAUAAGUGCAGCCUUUGAAUUGUGGGACAAGCCACCAGAUGUUCACUGGCCCUCACCGUUCACCAUGAAGCCUGCCGGCUAUCAAAGCAUGGCAUCAACUGUGAUGAGUCAACCUCCAAGAUUAACUUUGGAUCCUGUAUUAAGCACGUCAAAACUGAUGUAUUGUGAGAAAUGUGGAUUUGCAUCAACAGACACUGCAGCUUUCAAGAAACAUGUCUUUGAGCAUAUGGGGACAAGGUUUUACUGUUUUUACUGCAACAGUGUCUUCUUCAGUGAGGCUGAAUUAAAUGCUCACCUGAAGCAGCACACUGCAAAGUAUCCAUUCAAAUGUCCUCACUGUGGACAAGGCUACAUGAGGAGGCUCUGUCUUGUGAAGCACAUCGAUCGUUUGCAUAGUAAAACCAUUAGUCAAGGACCAGCUAAACCUGCCAUAACAAAAACCCCACAUGUAACCGUCUCUAGUGCCUCACCAAGUGUGCCCAGCACUGAUCCAUCAUCACUACGACCAACUGUACGGGUGACUGUUCCAACCCCCAGCACAGCUGCAGCCAGACUGGGUAAAGAUGAGCAGAAAAUAAAAACACUGGACACACAGUUCUCAAAUGCUACUAAUGGUGAUGGAAUACUCUUCUCACCUGUGAAUGGACAUAUCCAGCCUAACAGGGCACUAACCCUUGCACUUCCAGAGGACGUUGCAAUCCCUGCUGGCUGCUUGGUUGAACUUGUUGAAGUAAAAACUGUUAAUGGGACAAAGGAGCUAAAGCUGAGGGUUGUCUCUCAACAAGAAAAUGAAUCUGUGAUUAAAGAUACAAGGACCACAGUUUCUGAAAAUACUGCAGUUGGAAAGCCAUUUUCAUCUUCAUUGAAUUAUCCCAAUACGAUGAAGUCAACGAGUAUGGGAAUGUGCACAGUUAAUAGAAAAUCAUAUGAAACAAAGACAGUAAAUGUGCAGCAUCCUGAUGUUGUCUCAGUCAGUAUGCCAGCAAAAGUCAGUAUUUCCAAAAAUCUUCAAAAUCAAGAGCGAGCAGAAAAGAGCAAGAUAAAAAGAACAUCCCAAGAAAUUAUCAACUUGGAAUCGAACACCAUUAUUCCAAAUAAAGUGUCUAAGAGCAUCCUUAAUACGGUCAGAGAAGGAAAUAGUAGUGUCAGAGUUUUACAGAGGGAACCUAUGAAUCACAGUACGCCGCCAUCCACUGUUAUGUCAUCUAGAGUGAUCAACAGGUUGAUGAACACAAUGCAUCCAGAAAACAUGGGAGCACGUGUUUGUCAGAGAACAGUGGAUGAAAGAAAGAACUCUCUUCAGGAGCAUCCCUCCAGUGGUGCACCUAGGAUGACAGGUGAUAUAAAAAGUGGUUCUCAGGAUGUGUCUGUGAAGCUGGGAGUUAGAAAGAUGAGGCCCAGUGACAACGCUGCCACAAAAAUAAAACAAGAGGUAGCAGGCUUGAAACAACAAAGCUUGAUACCAUCCUCCAUGUCAUCAGUGAAUCUUCUAUUAGCUGCACCUGCCCAGAUGAGACCUCCAGCAGUCUUGGAAUGUAGGGAUAAUUUUACUCCAACGGUACCUUUCCCUGCAACAAGCACUGCCAGCAAAACACUUAAUGAGGUGCCGGCAGUCAAACAACUUCUGGUUACACACACAAAUGCAAAAACGCCAGCUUGGCCCCACAAUGUCAGAUCCAACAACAGAGCAGCUGAAGGUGGCUCUGCAGAGCCUGAGAGUUUUCCAGUCAUCUCCUCUGUGUUUUCAUUAAGUCAGCAACCAGAAGAUGCUCAAGGGCCCAUUCAGCCACUAGUAAUGGCUCUGCGUGGGAUAGUGAUGGACAAAACUAACAGUUCUAAUGGUGUGGUGUCUGAUAACAUCAAGAUCCUCAAGACAGUGGAGGUGAAAGGGUCACCAACAUCAGCAUACAGAGCUCAGGUGGACACUAAAGAUGACAUUGUCAGUAAUGGCCAAUUACUGACAAAGCAGACCUUUCAUUCUGUGAAAAUCGAAGAGGAAGAUAAACGUAUUCAGCAAGUUGUGACAAUAAAUAAUGUCAAAGUCAAAGAGGAAAAAAAUAGCACCGCUCCAACAGACAUUAAGACAUGCAGUCAGACUCCUGAAGCAAAGGUGUGUUCAACAGAUCAGGGAUCUGUUUCUUACGCUGCGUCACAUACAGAUACACCGGAGACGACAAAUCCUCUCCAGCAGACACCUGAUUCAGUGAGAGGUGAAUCCAGCGCCUCCUCAAAGUUCCUUACAGUUUCUUUGAAAAGGGUGCAAGUAGGUGUCUGGAAAAAAAGCAAGAAACGCCUGAAAACUAGAAUAUCCAAAUGUGGGACUCGGAUAUCUGUGGCCAGUCUAAGUGAUUGUACAAUUAUCUACCCGAUGCCACUGAAAGUGGACCAACUGGUGAAGCGACCAGGCCCAAACCAACCUGUGGUGGUGCUCAAUCAUCCAAAGCCCCGGGCCUCUCUUGAGGGAGUGCAGACAAACACUUUGACUGACACAGGAGCUGCUGAAGUUGCUCCAAAGUGCCAAAUCUUAAAAAUGAGGCUGAGCAAAGUCAUGGGUCAGAAAUAUGAGGUCAUGGGGUGCACUGUUAGGGACUGUUCUUGAAUUUAUCAGACAUUGGGUCCUUGGACAUAAAUGUACAUUCUAAGGAUAUAGCCUAACUAAAAUGGCAAUGGAGAAAAACUGACUCAAAACAACAUAUUAAAGCAUUAUUUUCUUAACACAAGCUUAAGAUGACAACAUUGACUUUGGUUAGUGACUGGUUAUUAUAUGAUGUUGUGUAUACUGGCAUGGAAUAUGGAUUAUUCAAGUGCAAUGCAAUUUGACUGCUUAAUCAGGGGCUGCCUGCUGUCCUAGAAAUUAGUUUUUAACACAUAUGUUUAAAGUAAUGUGUUAGAAGUAACUUGUAUGUCCAUACACACAUUGUUUGUUAACCUGCUAUAUUAUUUUUGGUAUCAGUAAUGUCUCACUGUUGAUUUGACCCAUCUGAAACACAUGCAUGGCUUACCUACUGAUCUAAUGAUGAAAAAUUAGUUAAUUUGACAGGGAGCACUUACUGUAAAAGUCUGAAAACUGCUAUUUUUACAGUUCUUUAUUAGUUGUAAAAAAUGGCAGGAUGUAGAGAAGCUGCCACAGCAUCUCAUUUCAGCAGAGGAUCACUUAAGACCGAUCCUUUCUCAUAAUUUGUCAAUGAGACAACAGAAAUCAUUCCCCAAGAAAUUUGGAGGUCAAUUCAGUUAGUGGCACAUUCCGGUAAUGUUAGUAAGCAGGAAAUAUAUGACCAUGUUAGAUUGGUCAUAAGUCUCUGGUAAGUGCAUUACAUGAAGUGGACUAAUAAAAUGUACCUGGAAGGUGUAAAUAGUGGGAGCUAAGUAUCACUGUUUGCUCUUUUCACUCGGUAAUGUAAAUGUAGAAGUCACUGGGUGGUGUGUCUGAUAAGUAUCCAUGAAGUAUUGUGUGAAUUGACGGUUGUCCCGUAAACAUUGGCAUGAGGUGGCUUGGGUUAGUUUUUGCCUGGUUGUUAUCACUUUGCGGCCAUUGUUGGUAGUAAAUGUUUCUGAUAUGAUCAGUUGACAGAAGAGCCACAUACAACAUUAGUUCUGGUUUCUGUGCAGCUCAAGUAAAGUGCCCAAAUACUCUGAGUCCCCUUUUUUUAUUCUGUUCAGAUCUAUGAGCAGGCAAGUCUUAAAUAAUUAUAUGUGAUUUUUCUAUUUAUUUAAAUUUAAUAUUUUUGGCCUUUUCAAUGUUUUGAUGCAGUUUCUAUGUGUAACUAAUCUUGGAUGUUUUAUGACUAACUUAUUUUCAUUUUGCUGUCAUGGUAACAAAUGUUAAUGCGGAAAAGGCGUCCUUUAUAACUGCAUCAUAUAUUCGGUUUUCUUUUCCUGUUAAACAUUUUGUCCGCUGUCUUCUGUACAAAACAGGCUGGCACUCAUUAAAACAGUGAUGCACAACAGAGCAGAUGAGAACAAGCCAAAUGUUUUAUUUGUAUAUCAUAAAGAAAGCCACAAAUCUGUAUUGUUUUUUAUAUUUCAGUUCAGCUCCCAUAUACAGUAUGUAAAUACAUCAACUGUGGUGACUCUGGCACCUUGGAAACUGUUAAAUGCUGUUGUAUAUUUUUCAGAAGACUUUUAAAGGAUAAAAGUCUACAGUAUACUUUAUUCUUUGGAGUUGAGUUUCUCUUCUUAAAACAUUACGACACUUGUGUGUUCUUGUUUAUAAUGUAAACCAGAGAAACUAGACCUACAAGUAAAUGUAUAGGUUUUGGUUGCCCAAAGUUUGUACUGUGUAUAUACCUUUUGGUCAUUCAUAUAUUUUAUUGUAUGUACAUAUCUUUGAACAGUACUUGAAGUGAGCUGGUACACAGCGCUUCUACAUUUGACUCUGUGGUGUAAUGUAAUCUUUUCUUACUCUUUAAGGCCCUCUCCAUUUUCAGAUUCAGUUCAUGAUUACUCUAAAUAAACUGCAUUACCCAGGGACCACUAGUUAUGUUCACCUGUUCCCAUACUUGUUUUGCUUUACGCUGUUGGCAGCUAGUCUACGUAACGUAACAGUGACCUUAUCAUAACAUCAGCCUGAAUUCAAAAUGGCACAGAAUUGCUUUGUUUUUGUGAUACAAAAUAUUUAAAGAGAAAAUAUCCAUGGAUCAGUGGAAAUGUAGGAGCACUAAAGCAUGUAUACAUACAUAUCUUUAAUUCCAAUGAUUAAAAUGUUUAAUUAUUAUUUAUCCCCUGGAUUAGACAAAGUUACGUUUGUGAAUAUCAGCAAUAUCUCCUAAGUGUUUAUUCACUGUAAAAAUUCAGAAUGUAAUGAUUUGCUGAUACUGUCCGAUAAACGCUAACAUGUGAAUACCAGGAAUACUGGCCCUUCUUUUGUAUUUCCAUUUUAAGAACUGACUGAAAUAUAAAAUGUUCAGUCUGGUGUUCACUCUGAUUAGGGAAUGGCUAACACUCCUCAUCAGCAACAGCAGUUAAUGUUGCGUUUGGUUUCCUAACAUAUCUGUGUCUGUGCAGUACAUCUUUGUCAAAUAUUUUUAUUUUCAUGGUGUUUGACAGUGUUUUUUCUAAAUGUAUUGCUUUCUACUUGUGUUUAUUUCCGCAAGAGAUACUCAUUCCAACAGUUUUUAGUUGAAUGAAAACCUCAGUGUUCAUUACCAUCCAUGCUUUUAUAAUACCAAUUGUGUAACUUUUUUUUUUAUAUUAAAACAGUGUAAACAUGA